CACAAGGGGUGGGUCUUCCGGCGCAAAGGAAAACCCACCUUUUUCAUUGUUAGGGACAAGGUGGAAUGUGUUGGUUUGAUCCUACAGCUCAGGCGGGGAAUAGAGGGAAGAAACAACGAACGCAGUUAAGUAGGGGAAAAAAGCCUUCUGCCGCUGGUGUACCAGAAAUCUGUGAAAUAACUUGUCUUUGGUUCAAACCUAGUCAUCUAAUCGGCACUAACCGAAUGAAUUUGGGGACUAUCGCAGAUUCUUUCAUCGCAAGAUGAUCGACACCCAUGUUAACCAUCAAGCUGAGGGAAGUUGAAGGAAUAAGACCCAACCAAAGGAAAAGGGAGAAGACAUUGUGGGGAAAGGAUUAAGGACUGGACACAACCCAACAUUACAAGCUUGUGACAUUUUAACCAGAGAAGGACUGCCAUACAAAUGUGGACCUCCCAAAAAGUGUUCAAAUAAUUUCAACUUUGCAUCAAGAGGACAACAACAAUAAUCUCUGCGAUGUCUGAAAACAAAGACAUAACGAGUCGCCACUUGCAGCACAAGCUGCAGAGCCUGGGACGACGGCUGGACGAGCUUGAGGAGGCUACCAACAAGCUCCAGAAGUCAGAAGAUGAGCUGCUCGAUCUGCAGGACAAGAUUAUCCAGGCAGAGGGCAGCAACUCCUCCAUGUUGGGCGAUGUUGAGGGACUGCGCAAGCGCCUGCUAAAGAUUGAAGGCAAGGACGAGGAGGUGUGCAAGGCAGAGGACCUCUGCCGUAUGGUGCGGGAGAAACUGGAGGAGGAGGAGAGCUUGACCCAGGACCUCAAGUCUGAGAUUGAGUGCCUGCAGAGGAGAAUGGCUGAGCUGGAGAAGUUGGAAGAGGCCUUCAGCAAGAGCAAGUCGGACUGCAGCCAGCUGUGCCUCAGUCUCAACGAGGAGAAGAAUCUGACCCGGAAGCUGUCCUCAGAGAUGGAGGCCCUCAAGGACCGUGUGAAGGAAGUGGACACGUCAGAGGUAAGGCUGGACCGGGCAGAGAUGUUCCUGUCAGGGGAGCUGGAGAAGCUCAAGGGCCUCACUCAGACUUUUUUGAAUGAGAGGAAGAGACUCCUGGAGAAGCAAAAGGAGGAUGAGAAGCUUAUACUAAAACUGACAGAAAAGCUGGAGCGUCAGAACAGGAUUGACCCGGUAGAUCCCAGACGAAUUGAAGACGACCUCUCAUCCGGCCUGACCGGCAAGCUGGGGCGCAAGAAGGGCCUGGAUUACCUGAAACUGGGAGACGAGUUUGGGCUAAGGAACAAGUCAGAGAAUGAGAAGAACAGACUUGAUGGCCAGGAAGACAACAAAGUCAAGGAACUCACACAGGAAGUGGAGAGGCUGAAGAACCGGCUGAAGCAGCUGGAGCUGGUGGAGGAGGAUCUUAAGAACACCGAGUCCAAGAAUGGAGAGCUGCAGGAGAAGUUCCAACAGGAGAGAUCCCGUAGCCGAGCACUCAACGAUCAGGUGGAGCAGCUUAGAAUUCAGCUGUGUGGAGGCAGCAGUCAUGGCAAUGAAGGACCUGGCAGUCCAGCAAAGGUCCUUGAGAAUGGCAAGGCAGAGAAUGAGGAGAUCAAUGUCCGUGGUGGGUUCAGGCAGGUCAAGCCCAAGUAUAGGCCUGCUGCAGAGCCAGCCACCCCCAAGUACAAGAGCAGAGAGCUGUCCCCGCAGCACAAGAUGGAGACCAAGCUGAGGAGCAAAGAACUGAGCAACUCUGAGGAAAGUUCUCCUAAGUCUGUCAGGAGGCCACUCAGUCCUGCACACAAGAGCAGGAGGACACCCAAGACUGGAACAUCAACUGCCUCUGACAAUGGAGUGAAAGAAAUAGGCAGAGGGGUAGAGGAGAAAACAACAAGAGGAGCAGCCCAUACUCCUGUCGGCACAUCUUUGAGUGACCGCAAGAAGCUCUCUGUUCUUAGUCGCUACCCUCCAGCAGCUAAUGACCAGAAGCCAUGGAAGAUAUCUCAGAAACCAAGUGAGAGUGAAAGCAAAAAAUGCCAAGUUGAUACGUUUUCUAGAUUGUAUGUCGGUAGUGACAGUGAGUCGAGCAAUUCUGAUGUGGUGCCUGAAAGCUCAAGCAAGAGCAACAGUGUCUCACCACUUGAAAAGGAUGCAUUUGUGUCAGACCUGGAGUCUGUGGACCAGGUUCAAGAGGCUCUUCCAGUGUCAAACCUCUCCAAAGCCAAUGGGUCGUACAUUGCCUACAAGUCCCAUGUGUCCCCAAUGUUCAGUGAUCAUGGCUCUGAGGGCCACUCCUCGGCCUCUGAGACUGAAUCACCUGGGUCCAGGCCCUCGGAACCAGAACCUGUACCUGAGGUGACUGCACUGAGUAGCAGAACCUCCACCACUCCCAAGUGCUCCAGAUACUCUCGCAUACAGGACUCCCAGUCAGAGGGCUCCUCCACCAGGAGCUCGAUUGACGAGGAGCAGCACAGGCUGUUGGUGGCAGAAGGAGAAUCCCUGGAGCCCACUCACACCCCAUCAGGUAUAGAGCUCCGCAGGGUCUGCAGCCCACGGGAAGCCCUGAGGUCAAAGGCAGUCAUCAAACCAGCCAUCGUGGAAAUUGAUAGGAAGGAAGUCAUGAUAUCCGGUGGGGCAGAGCCCUUGACCUCCUCCAAUGGCAAGCCCAAAAUUUCCACAAAACCAGUCCUGACCAGUAGCAUCACUAUCUACCCCAAUGAUCCCAACUCUUCCAGGACCAGCAGCCGCAGCAGCAGUGUAUCCAGCGAGCCACCAGUCAAGGAACGCCACACGUCCACCAGCAACAUCGUCAUCGGCCCCAGUGAGCACAGGGGAAGUAUCUCCAUCCCCUAUGAGAUCUCCAUCCCCAAGAGAGAGAUCACACCCUGGCCGUCCAUGGAUGGCCCUGACGAAUCAGGGGUGCUAGGGAUGGCCUGUGCAGAGACACACCUACUCCCCCGAAGCAACUUCAGCCUCCAGUCACCGGAGACCACCUCCGACUUCAACAACGACACAGAGUCGGGUUUCGAGAGCAGCAGUAGCAGCACUACCACCGUCACCAGCUGGAGGAGCCAACACCAUGGCCACCACACCUCCCAGGACGACAGCCUCCCAGAGAUGAGAAACGUGACGGUGCGAAGCACCUGGAAGAACAGGGGGGCGGCAUCUGUGGACGAGCCUGGCCGGGGGGCCAGGAUGUACGGGAUGGGCUCUGAGGACGAGGCAGAGUCGGCCACCACGUGGAGGGCUUACCGCGCCACCACCAUUCUGGACACGGAGGAGACGGUAAACGCCACAAGGGCUGCUACAUCACGGACAGCCAAGCCUUCCCCAGCAGAGCUGUAUAUGCGCAGGAUCAACAACAGUGUGGUGACCACCAGGGACAUCGCAGAGCCAGUGUGCCGGAGCAAAAGCUCCCUGUCGCCCACUGACGGAGGUCUGCGGAUGAGUAUCCCCCACGAGCCUGUCAGCUCUCAGAAGCUUGUUCCCUGGCGGACACAACCCAUGGUACAGCACAGAACAUCAGUGUUGUUUUUCAGCCCAUUGUAAAACUUCGAAACCUCAGAUGGGUAUGUGAAUGAGCUGUGAACUUAUGGUUGGCUGUGGACCAUUGGUCGAUCUGGCUGAUCGAGAUACAAAAACAUCCUUUGUGCAAGUCAGUCAAACCCAGUGGCAACAAAGUGAAGCGCAGGGCCCUUGUGGUCAUUCUGGUUGGUUUUCGACCCCGACUUUCACCUAAAAGCCUGGAAAAACAAUCUGUACUGGAGUUGAACUUGGAAGAUUCCACGGACAAGAGCUGGUAGGUGGUUAAAACGUCAGACGGAGGAGAUGCCAAUGGCCUGUAAGAAAGGUUUUGAGGAAUGGUUUCCACAAGGUAUGUUAGAGCUAUUAAAUUCUUUCCUGGACAAGGCGCUCGAAAACAUUCAUGUUAAUAACCAUUUUGAAUUAAGGCUUCUCUGAAACAUAUUACCUUGGGUGCAAUGAGCAUUGUCUCCUUGUAGCCGAGCUUUGGCUCAGUUCGCUUUUAACAGGGAACACAAGUCAUGGACUUAAAAAACAACCAAGACAAGACAUAAUUCAUGUUGAAGCAGUGGUUGUUCUGCAAGGCAUGUAACAGUCCAGUUGUGUUGUCCUCGAAGGUAAACGUGGGUCUGGAUUUGAUGUAU